CCCACCCCGCGCUCCGCCUGCCCCACCCCGGCGGCGCCGCCCGCCCGCGCGUCCCUCGGUCCACCUGCAGCAAGCAGUCCCUCCGACCGUCCGACCCAGAGGCGCCGGCCGAGCCCGAGGCCUGGGUUCUUGCUCCCUGGCGGAGGGAUCCGCGGCGGCUGAGGAGGCGGCGCUGAGCCUAGAAGGAAGAGGCAGCUACCGCGGUGGCGGCGGCGGCGGCUCGGGCGGCAGCGCAUAAAGGGGCCGCCGCCGGGUGAUGCGGUGACCCCUGCGGCAGGCUCAGGAGCCGAGUGGGCCACGGCCCCAAGUCCGUCCCGCCGGACCCGCGCUCCGGAGCCCCCAUCUUCUCCGGCCGACCCGCGAUCACCGAGGCGGCCUCGCGCCCCCUCAUCCCUUCCCCGUCCCUCCCCUGCCCCUGUUCCCGCCCCGGGGGCCGCCUCCACCUGCCUCCCACGAUGGCUCUGAAGAGAAUCCACAAGGAAUUGAAUGACCUGGCGCGGGACCCCCCAGCACAGUGUUCAGCAGGUCCCGUUGGAGAUGAUAUGUUCCAUUGGCAAGCUACAAUAAUGGGGCCAAAUGACAGUCCCUAUCAGGGUGGAGUAUUUUUCUUGACAAUUCAUUUCCCAACAGAUUACCCCUUCAAACCACCUAAGGUUGCAUUUACAACAAGAAUUUAUCAUCCAAAUAUUAACAGUAAUGGCAGCAUUUGUCUUGAUAUUCUACGGUCACAGUGGUCUCCAGCACUAACUAUUUCAAAAGUACUUUUGUCCAUCUGUUCUCUGUUGUGUGAUCCCAAUCCAGAUGAUCCCUUAGUGCCUGAGAUUGCUCGGAUCUACAAAACAGAUAGAGAAAAGUACAACAGAAUAGCUCGGGAAUGGACUCAGAAGUAUGCGAUGUAAUUAAAGAAAUUAUUGGAUAACCUCUACAAAUAAAGAUAGGGGAACUCUGAAAGAGAGAGUCCUUUUGAUUUCCAUUUGACUGCUUUCUAUGAGCCCACGCCUCAUCUUCCCCUGUGCACAUGUUUACCUGAUACAGCAGUGCUGCGUGUUGUACAUACUUGGAACAACAAACUAGAAAUACUGUACUUCUGUACCAACAUUGCCUCCUAGCAGAGAAGUGUGUGUGUGACAAGCCAGUUCUCCAGGCAUAACCUAGGUGUGAGACUAAAAGCUUUCCUUAUUGACUUAAAUUUGGAUAACGGCAGAGUGAGGGGUGGUGGGUAUGGUGUGUGCUUGGAUGGGGAAGAAAAGCUCCACUGACCUGUAGGAGAUUGUUUUUUAAGUGAAAUUCCAUUAAACUCAAAACAAACAGUUAUGAAAAGCAAGGCGAAGAACAUGAAGCUGUUUCUGUAUUCAUUUUAUUCCGAAGGACUUAACGUCUUAGGUGAAAGUUAUGACCAAUCAGAUUAAACUCUACCUACAUCCUGUAUUUUAAGGUCUAAGUUUAACUGGUCAACAUUUAAAUGGAUUGGAGCUAUUAGUAAGUAAAGUGUGAUGGGCUUUGUUUCCAACUCUUUUACAUCUCCCCACCCUUCAACCUUCAUCCUUCAGCCCCUCUUUCUCUCUUCCAUAUUCUUUGGUUUGUAUGUGGUUUCUCAGUUAAUACAUAGCUAAUAGCUCUUAUUUUUCUUAUGUUUUUAACUGCUUAGGUCUAUCUGGAUGGUGAAAAUUCAUUCGAUGGAAAUACUUGUGUAUAUUUAAAGACCCAAUUGCUCCUCUGGAGCCUGUACGUUCAAGAAUGAUUAAUCUGUGUAAUAAACUGAUUACUACAGUCAUUACAUAUAA